AUGGAUAUGUUUUGGCAACGAAGCUUCUCCACUUCAACUGCCUCUGCUUCCUAUGGAGAAUGCUUUUAUUGGGAUUCAUUUCCAGGUAACAAGAAGCGGAAAUUUCCAAAACCAUCUUCCUACAGUGGUGAUACUAUAGAGGAAGAUCAGUUAAGGUUUCAGUUGAGCUGGAGAUCAUCAAAGCAAUCAACUGGAAUCCCAAUGAAGAAGUUGUUGGCCGAAGAGAUGUCGAAAGAGAAUGAAUCCAGAAGACGAUCACCAAGUGUUAUAGCAAGAUUAAUGGGACUUGAUGGACUACCACCUAAGAAGCCUCACCACAAUCAGCGAAAAAGGACGGAGACCAGUCGACCGAAGGUUCAAAAGAGUGGUGUGUUCUAUAGCAGGCGAUCUUCUAGGAAAAGAUCGAAUGAUGACCAAGAAUUCAAAGAUGUUUCUGAAGUAUUAGAUGCGUCGAAAGUGGAGACCGGUGGUUACUCGUCACAGGGGACUGCGAAUUCGAUGCUUUCUGAUGUUGAAGUGCCCUUUAUCCAGCAGAAGUUUAUGGAAGCUAAAGGUCUUUCAAAGGAUGAAAAGAGUAAGGGUUCUGAGGAAUUCAGUGAUGCCGACUCGAGCACGGAUAUUAGGCUGAAAUUCCUUCGGAAACCGGAUUCAUUAUUCAGAAAGCAUUUGGAUGAUCUGCAAGGUGCUACACCCCAGUCCCGUUGUGGUCAAAUAUCAGCUAUGAAGUCAUCACACACUCUGAAAAAUCGAAAUGAUUGCUUAGGCCAACAAGCAGGGAGAGAAACUCAAUUGAAGCACCACAGUAAAUGCCCUCAGCAGCAUCAAGAAGAUUAUUUGAGCCAAUCUUAUGGGAGAUAUACUGCUCACAGUCGCCUCAAGGUACCUAAGGUUCCAUUAGCAGAGAACAACGGACCAGCUAUUGUACCCACAACAAUUGUUGUCUUGAAACCAAAUCUUGCGCAGUCACAUAGCACUACCAGAACUACUUCCUCUCCUUGUUCUUCUCAUCAUUAUCCAUCCGGUUGUGCUGGAAACUCUGUAGGUUUUGGUAUCCGAAAUGAGGAGGCAGAACUACUGGGGGAGAAAAAUGUUCACCAAGAUAUUGGUUUUUCAAGGCAUAAUUCUAGAGAGUCCAGGAAAAUUGCCAGAGAGAUUACUAGACAAAUGAAAAAUAGGUUUAGCAAUGGCUCAAUGAAAAUUUCGACCUCCAGGUUUAGAGGAUAUUUCGCGGAUGCGAAUUCAUGUGAUGUAUCGGGGUCUAAAUCUGAAAAUGAUUCAGAUGUAACAACAUGGUCUUACACGGAUAGCAUUGGCUGGAACAAGCAGCAUAGGUGGUCAUCAUCCCUUUCUAGUGAAUCAUCUCUUAUUAGGGAGGCCAAGAAGAGACUAUCUGAGAGGUGGAAACUAACACAUCGACCUCACGAGAUAGACUUGCUUAGUAAUGGAAGCACACUCGGUGAAAUGCUUGCCAUCUCAGAAAACGAAGUAAGUCCUGUAAGUUCCAGUAGUGGCUUUUGUAAGGAAGGAUGCAGUGAGUUUCGUAAUCAUGUUAGGCCAGCAGUGUGGAAUGAUCCUUUAGGGAUUAGCAGUAGAGAUGGUUGGAAGGAUGGACGUGUCCAUACUUUUUCAAACUUUGGAAGUCCUAGAAUAAGCACACUCGAUGAAAAUUGUUGCCGAGAUAAGUAUGUGAUUCGAAAAGACAGUUCCAAGUGGAGCAAAGGCAAGGCAGCAAAAGGCAAUCUUAAUCAGCAGGAAGCUCUGUUGCCUAACGAUCAACGAUUCCAUGUUGAGAAGUCUCAAUUUCCAAUUAGUAGUUGCAGUAGUAAUGAGGAAAAUAGUGAUACUUCACUAGAUUUUCAUAUCACCGCAUACCGAGUACAGCAGAACACGGAAGCGGAUACUCAAUCUGAACACAGCCUUAUGGUCUCAGGCUCAUCCGCUAACACUGCCAUGGAUUCAAUUUCGGUUCUUACAAAUGCUGUGGAUGCCAAUGAUGAUGAUAAGGUUGUCCUUUCUGAACCUUCUCACUACGAAUUAUCAGCUCCCACUUCGCUGAAUGUUGUUGGUUCUACUGGUGACCUGGAGAAUUUGGACUCCCAGGUACCUUCCAAACAAGCCACAUUGCUGCAUUGCCCUGUAUCGGAACUAGAAUCUCAAGUAAUCUGUAAAGAAGCAGACCAACCCAGUCCGGUUUCGAUUACGGAAGCUCCUUUCACGGAGGAUUUUUCAUCCGGUUCCGAAUGCUUCGAGAGUAUCAGUGCUGAUCUCCAUGGACUUCGGAUGCAACUUCAACUAUUAAAACUAGAAUCCGAGGCGUAUCAAGAGGGAAGCAUGCUUCUUUCGAGUGACGAUGAUGGUGAUGAAGCAUCUGUCGGGUUUGCCGAGUACCAAGGGAUACCCAGGGACGAGGAGAAUUGGGAAUCUAUGUACAUGGUUGACAUCUUGGUCGAUUCUGGAAUUAACGGAGUCGACCCAGAUACAUUCUUAGCAACAUGGAAUUCUCCAGAAUGUCCAGUGAAUCCUUUAAUAUUUGAACAACUCGAGAAAAAAUAUCGCAUUCUAAAUCCUUGGUCGAGGGCGGAAAGGCGGUUGAUGUUCGAUAUGAUCAAUUCAAAGCUACUAGAGAUGUAUCAGCAAUAUAUGGACCAACACCUACAUCCAAGUAUGAAGCCUGCAAGAAAAAUCGUUUGGAAAUGGAACACCGACGAGCUUAAAGAACACCUGCGUAAGUCUCUAGUGAUGCAAAACAUGGAACUGCAUACGGUUGCCGGAAAGAUGGUGCUUGCAGGGGAAUGGCAAUGGCUCGAGUCGAGGGAGGAUAUUGAUGUAAUAUGUAGGGAAAUUGAGAAACUGUUGGUAGAUGAACUAGCAGCCGAGGUAAUGGCAGGAUAGUAAAGAUGCUUUUGGUUUAGUGAGUUCAUAUAUACGAAAAUGACGGGAUUAUCACUUCAUGGAUGUAUAAUAAAUUCUGAAACUUUACAACACA